CAGUUACGCUUGUUGAAGGGGAUCUCAGUAGGCUGCGCGUGAACACUGAGGUCAUCGCCUGCGCUGAGGAAAAAAUACUCAGCGCAGCCUCCAUUUUGGGUAGUAUGAAAUAGACGAAAGCAUAGUUUUGAGCCGCAGCUGCAAACAAACUGUUAACACUAGCGAAACGGCCUCUGCCAUGGACGACUUGUUCAGUCCGCGAAGCGAUUAAAUGAUUUAUGUGUAAAUACAUAAACUGGAAGAGCAAGCACACGUUUAUAUAACCUUUGGAGGGAACGAAGCAGUCGGACGUUGAUUGGCUUGUUUCGCGAAGUGGGCGGGAUUUGGAUCGAUCAUCGCGACUGCUGAUAGGCAAAUCAGCUUUGAUGAACACUGAAAGGAGGCGAUUUAAAUGUGUGGAAAAGUGACAUGAAACAGUUCGGAUGACAGGGCGUGAAGUUUUCCUACUAAGCAGCUGAACAGUACACAAGGAGAGAUUCGGGUGGGACCAAGUCACCAGGCCAAACUACCUGAAUUACAGCCCCCACCAGCCCUGGAAACAGAGUUUGUGACAGAAAAUGAGGAGCUGGUGUGGGCACCUGGGGUCAAUGACUGUGACCUCCUCAUGUACUUGCGGGCUGCCAGGAGCAUGGCAGCUUUUGCAGGGAUGUGUGAUGGAGGUUCAACAGAGGAUGGUUGCCUUGCGGCUUCACGGGAUGAUACCACCUUGAAUGCUUUAAAUACGCUCCAUGAAAGUCAGUAUGAUGCAGCAAAAGCCCUGCAGUGUCUGGUGAAGAAACCAGUUCCAAAACUCAUUGAGAAAUGCUGGUCAGAAGAUGAAGUGAAACGGUUUAUUAAAGGCCUCAGACAGUACGGCAAAAACUUCUUUAAGAUCCGCAAGGAGCUACUACCCAGUAAGAAGACGGGUGAGCUGAUCACAUUCUACUACUACUGGAAGAAAACUCCUGAGGCUGUGGGGUCACGACCUCACAGGCAGCAGAGAAGGCAGCCGGUGUCUCGCAAAGUCAAAACUCGCAACGCAACAGCUGCGAACAAUACAACAUCACGCACUUCCUCGAUGGAGCCUAGUUCAGCCAGUGAAGAUGAUCUGGACAGUGAAGAUAGUGAGCUGGGGGGCAAAGGUCAAGCCUGCAGUCACUGUCUAAUCACUAACUCCAAGGACUGGCAUCAUGGAGGGCGAGACAAUGUCUUGCUGUGCUCUAGUUGCUAUUCUCACUUCAACAAGCACAGACGCCUGCCGCCUGUUCCAAAACCAGCUGAUCCACCCUACCUCUUCAAACCUGUCAAAGAUGAGGAAGAGGGGCUUGGAGUCAGACAUGGGAUGAAGACUCGUCGAAGCCGUGUGCCGCAACAUAUGUCAUCUCUUCGAAGUGGGCGAAACAGGCCAACUGGAAGCCCUGACUCAGGCAUGUCUCCCACCCCUGAAGAUGCGCGAUCUAAUGGACAGUCCCCCAGAGCCAGUUCUACUGCUAUGGCAACCAGGGCUUCCAUCUCUGAUAGCAAGAAUGGAGUGACUGGGAAGGCCAACAAGAAGAUGAAAGUCGAGGUAUCCAUAGUAAAGGGUGUGAAGAGACAGAGAGAGGCUGCUGCUCCAGAUGCUGAUGAGCCAGAAAGGAAAAACAUGAAACGACCCAAGAGUCAGCAGGGUCCCGACUCCCCGUCAGAAGGCGAGGGUGAAGGUGAGAGCUCAGAUAGCCGCAGUGCCAAUGACGACGGCAGCAGUGACACUAAAGACAUCGAUCAAGACAACCGCAGCUCUUCCCCCAGCCUGGCCAGUCCCCUGCAGGCCAAUGAGAGCGAUUCAGACUCCCCAGCACCGCCCCCUCCACCUGGCACCACUCCCCAAACCCUGCCCCAGCAGGCUACUCCUACCCCAACAACAGAUACCCCUUCUCAAACACCACCACCUCAGCCCUCAGUGCCUGUAUCCUCAUCUGCACCCUCUCCUGGAGCUUCUACUACCCCCUCAAAGCCAGCAUCUUCUGUGGAUCUUUCUCAGGAGGUUCCAUCUCCAAGCGCUUUCAGAAGUGGUCCCAGAGGCCCUGAAUCUCCCACCUCUUAUUCAAGCUCUUCAUCUCAGCAGGUGCAGGGUCAGGGGCAGUCUUUCUCUGCACCAUCCCAUCAUAAGCACCAUCCUGGCCAAAUGCAGAAUCCUUCAACUGGGUCCAAUCAGCCACCAGGGUUUGCUCCCAGGCCGCUACACAUUCAAAGGGAGAGUUCAGUCCCUCCUCUUCCCCCUACAGCAGCAUCCCAAAUCAAGCCACCUCCAACCACACCAAUUCCACCCUCUCCCAAGCAGCCCUCUCACCUUCCUGCUCCUCCACCCCAUUUUCUCCAGAUCCACCACAAUCUGCCACCACCUCCUGCUUUGAAACCUCUCACCUCUUUGCCCUCACAGCACUUGCCUUGCUCCCAGCCUCCUCCACUGCACGUAAUUCCGCAAAAUCACUCCUCUCAGCCAUCCCCUUUGACUCCAUCACAGAGCCAGCAGGUUAAAGGUCACCCAAGUGGUGCCCCUCCGGCUGCAGCUAGUUCUCACCCACCUCUACCACAAAAUCGGCCCAACCCUGAGUCCACUGCUCCAUUCUCUGUUUACUCCUCUUCAGUUCCUGUCCCUGCUCAUCAACCCUCCACGUCCUCUUCAGAAAGCACUCCUGUUGGACAGGCUCAUAUCAAAGAAGAGCCAAUUGAUGAAGAGGAGGAGUGUGAUAGCCCGCUUCCUCCUCGCAGGAGUCCUUCUCCAGAACCGACAGUCGUUGAAAUACCCAUCCAUGCAAGCCAGUCAGCAAGAUUCAUCAAACACCUCAACCGAGGCUACAACUCCUGCUCUCGCACAGACCUGUACUUUACUCCUUUGGCCUCCUCAAAACUGGCCAAAAAACGAGAGGAAGCUACCGAAAGAUCCAGGAGAGAGGCAGAGCUGAGUGCUCGACAAGGACGGGAAAGAGAAAGAGAAAGAGAGCGGGAGAGGGAGAGGGAGAGAGAAAGACAGCGAGAGAGGGACUCUGAUAAAGCUUCUCGUGCUUCAAGCUCAUCACAUGAUGGUCGCAUGAGCGAUCACCUGCUUUCUGCCCAUGUGCAACCAGGUCGCCUUUCAUUUGAACCCCCUCCCCCCACAACCGUGGCAGCUGUUCCACCAUAUCUUGGCCCUGACACCCCAGCCCUCCGCACACUCAGCGAGUACGCCCGCCCCCAUGUCAUGUCGCCCUCCAAUCGCAACCAUCCUUUCUUCAUGCCUCUUGGGCCAGGUGAGCACCUGCUAGCCUAUCACAUGCCAGGUCUCUAUGCAGCAGACCCCGCCCUCCGGGAGCGAGAGCUUCGUGAGCUGAGAGAGAGAGAGAUCAGAGAAAGAAUGAAGCCCGGAUUUGAGGUCAAGCCACCAGAGAUGGAGAACCCACUCCAUCCAUCAGCUAAUCCUAUGGAGCAUUUUGCUCGCCAUGGGGCCCUGCCUCUGCCUCAUGUGCCUGGGCCACACCCCUUCGCCCAGUUCCACCCAGCCAUGGAGCGCAAUGUAGCAGCACCCCCCCGGCCGGAGAUAACCUAUGCUGAGCGGCUGACAGCUGAGCGACUCCAUGCUGAAAGAAUGGCCUCUGUUGCCGCCAGUGACCCUGUUGCACGGUUACAGAUGCUCAAUGUUACGCCACACCACCACCAGCACUCACACAUACACUCCCACCUUCAUCUGCACCAACAGGAUCCACUCAACCAAGGCUCAGGUCCUCAUCCUCUGGUGGACCCAUUAGCUGCUGGCCCCCCUCUGGCUCGAUUCCCUUACCCACCUGGUGCCAUUGCCAACCCUCUACUGAGUGAGUUACCCCAUGAGCACGAAAUGCUGCGCCACCCUCUGUUUGAGCUGAUGAAGGUGAGAAGGGGGAGAGAGAAGGGGGGGCAGCAAGGGGCACCAUUCCCCAGGGACUUACCAGGACCCCUGGUUCCCAUGUCAGCUGCACAUCAGUUGCAGGCGAUGCAGGUGCAGUCAGCAGAGCUGCAGAGGCUGGCACUGGAACAGCAGUGGCUACAUGGACAUGCACACUUGCAUAGUGCUCCUCUCCCAAGCCAAGAAGACUAUUACAGUCGUCUGAAGAAAGAGGGAGACAAGCAGUCCUAAAAUGAUUGACACCUACACUGUUGAGUGGAUUCUGUGUUCAGGGUAUCAGACCUUUUAUUUCAGAAGUCCCUGCAUGGGUUUAUCCCUUUUUCUGCACUUAUUGACUCCUUUGUGCUAUAUGAAAUAACUAGCCUUUGAGCACAUUGAAUUUGCUUUCCUUGCAUGAACACUACUUAGAAAUGGUUUCUAUCAAAAAUGAAAAUCCCAUGUAAUGUUGCUACUACGCUAAAAGCAAAGUACUGUAGAUUUCCUAAGUAUUUGAAAAGUGUUGUCCAAUCCAGAGUUUAUCACAAUUUAGUUUCAAAGUUUUUUGAAGCAUUCGUUUUGAGAUUGUAAAUAUUAUAUGUUUAAAAUAAUAUAUUAACUGUUAACUUUAAAAGUUGCAAUGAUAGAUUUGGAUACAAAAACUUCAAAUGACCUGUGUGCAAAAAGUGCAUGCUUUACAUACUGUAUCCUACUUUUUCUCUGACAGCCUCUUUUCAUCUAUACCUCAGAGCACUUAUUAAUAUGUAUAACCCAAGAACAGUAAACUCUACAAUACUUUUUCACCUACCUAAUUUAGCUUGUUCAUCAUUUGUUUUAGACCAAAUGCAGCCUAAGUAUUAGUAUGUUGUUAACUGUAGUGCUGAUCUUGCCCUGUAUGGAUGCAGUCCAUUCCAGAGCUCGUCCAUAUUGGCAUAAAAAGUUGCUUCACUGCCAUGGUCAUAUUGAGGGAGUCCAUAUUUAAAAAAAAAUAUUUUCUCUAUGACACCUGUAGACUUGAAAGUUGCAAUAAAAUACCUAAUGGCAUAUAUAAUUAUAUCCUCAUUACCAGCUACAUUUGACAUUUUAACUCCCCUCCAAGCAUGUGCACUUGGUAGCAAAUUUAACAACCUGGCAUCUGUUUAGGAAGUGGUGACAAUGUUACAUUUUCAUAAUUAGGCAGGAUGGGAAAGAGCACAGCAUUAUCACAAUAAACUGAAAUUUAUUAUAAACAAACCACAGACUAAUUUUGUGACAGUUUAUUGCAUUACAAGUGGAAUUGUUGUGCACUACUAUUAAUUGUUAAUAUAACAAUAUAAAACAUGAAAUGGUGUGCCAUUGUUUUGUAAAUGGGACCUGAGUGUUCAACAGCAUUUUUUUUAAGUAUAUGAAUAUUUUAAAUGGGAAAUAUACUCCCAUUUUUAGUAUCCAUGUUUAUAUACUUGUCUUUACAUGCAAGUGUUCUGUAGUUGCAAGUAGGUGAACAUUUUCGAAACUACACUGUCAUUUUGAUAGAUGAUGAUGAUUAUAAACAGCUUGCACCAUAAUUACCCUUCAUACACCCCAGUACAUUAAUUAACUUGUCAUACCAACGGCAACAGUCAUCAACUCGAGAUCUUUUUUUUUUUUUUUUUUACUAAAUUCAUUGUUUUUAUGCGUUUUUAUUUUUUCUGAAGCUGUUUCAUAUACACCUGUUCUUAUCACACUGACAUCAGUCUCCCUUUACAACCAGUGUGUUAGAAAUAUUUUACAUACAGGAGUCAUAAUGGCACUUUCUGAUAACUCCAUAACUUCCAACUUUAUUUUUAUGCGCAAACUAUAUUCUUUCCUUCACUGAAAAUUAUAUGAACUUUUUUUAAGCUUUGGUAGCAUGAUGUAUUUGCAUUUAAUAGAUACAUCUAGAGUUAUUAUUAUUGGAAAAAUGAAUUUUAUUCACUGGCGACCAAAAGUUUGGACUAAUGUACAGAUUUUGCUGUUUCGGAAGGAAAUUGGUACUUUAAUUCACCAAAGUGGCAUUCAACUGAUCACAAAGUAUAGUCAGGACAUUACUGAUGUAAAAAACAGCACCAUCACUAUUUGAAAAAAUUAAUUUUUGAUCAAAUCUAGACAGGCCCCAUUUCCAGCAGCCAUCAUUCCAACACCUUAUCCUUGAGGAAACAUGCUAAAUUACUUUGUUAAAUUUGGUACUGUAAAAUCACUUGCCAUUAUAUCAACACAGCUGAAAGCUAUUUGGUUCGUUAAAUGAAGCUUAACAUUGUGUUUGUUUUUGAGUUGCCACAGUAUGCAAUAGACUGGCAUGUAUUAAGGUCAAUAUUAGGUCAAAAAUGGCAAAAAAGAAAUGGCUUUCUCUAGAAACUCAUCUGUCAAUCAUUAUUUUGAGGAAUGAAGGCUAUACAAUGCUUGAAAUUGUGUACACUACAGUCUUCACAGACAAAGGACAACUGGCUCUAACAAGGACAGAAAGAGAUGUGGAAGGCCAAAUGUACAACUAAACAAGAGGAUAUGUACAUCAGAGUCUAUUUUGAGAAAUAGAUGCCUCACAGCUGACAGCUUCAUUGAAUUCUGCCCUAUCAACACCAGUUUCAUGUACAACAGUAAAGAGAAGACUCAGGGGUGCAGGCCUUAUGGGAAGAAUUGCAAAGAAAAAGCCACUUUUGAAACAGAAAAACAAAAAGAAAAGGUUAGAGUGGGUAAAGAAACACAGACAUUGGACAACAGAUAAUUGGAAAAGAGUGUUAUGGAUCUUAACCCCAUUGAGCAUUUGUGGGAUCAGCUAGACUGUAAGGUGCGUGAGAAUUGCUCGAAAAGACACCCACAUCUAUGGCAAGUGCUACAGGAAGCGUGCAGUGAAAUGUCACCUGAGUAUCUGGACAAACUGACAGCUAGAAUGUCAAGGAUCUGCAAAGCUGUCAUUGCUGCACAUGGAGGAUUUUUUGAUGAGAACUCUUUGAAGCAGUUUAAGAAGUUCUGAACAUUUUUUUCAAAUUGUAAUAGUAAUUUUUCACUUUUCAUUUUUUUUGAUCAGUUGAAUACCACUUUGGUGAAUAAAAGCACCAAUUUCUUUCCAUAAGUGCAAAAUCUGUACAUUAUUCCGAACUUUUGGCCACCAAUGUAUAUACACCACAAAUUAAUUUGUAUGUGAAUUACAUAAAUAUGUAUAGCACAACUUGGGUCCUGAAUAUAACUGAUGCAAAACCAGUUGCCACUUCUGGUCCAUAUCAACCUAAUAUCUAAAGCAAUACAUGUCUUCUAACUGAACAAGUGUUUGUACGGAAAAACAUAUUUGUUUCCCCUGUUACUUUGAAGGCUUUUCUUUAAAAAAAAUAAAUAAAUUGUCCUUUGAUAAGUUAUUUAUUGAUUGAACACAUAUUUUGUAACAUGAAUAUAUUAAACAUGAAAAUAUUAGACUGUUAGGAAAUAUGUCCUAAUAUGUGUAUUUACUAAAGAGUGUUUGGUGUGAAUUUGUGCAAAAUGAUCCCGUUCCUGUACACUGGCCCCUUUGUGAGAAAUACUCCAAAAUAAUACUAGAUUUUUAUGGUUCAUCCUCUGUUACCUCUUUUACGUAUCGCCGCAAGUACUGGAUAGCAGAUAUUGCGCUCACAUUUGCCAGAAGAGCUAAGAAUUAAUAGAGGGAAAAAGGAUUAUGUUAAUUUUGUGUGCUCAUAUUAUCUGAAUAAAUUGCCUAAUUUAAUAUGCAACAGACUGAUCAUUGUGUCUUAUUAUAG